CUCCACUCGGCAUCACGUAUAUGUCCGUGUCAAUGGUCGUGUAUUCGUUCACGUUCAUCGCCUCGAUUCCGAACUUCGAAUGUCUUGGCCACAUAGACGACACGAUUAGACAGGACGCGAUAGAUUAUGGGUGUAGGGAGUCCAUCUCCAAAAGUCAUCUCGAGGAACAAGACAAAAGAAAAAUGGCACUCAGAUGAUCCCUGAUAUGAACUCCCUACACCUCUAAAUAGCAAAUGACAUCAAUGCCGGUGGGGGCAGCUUGAAGCAUGACGCUCAGUGGUUGAGUCCUAGCGGCAGUGGACGAGAAACUGUUUGGACAAGUGCAGGACCGGGAAGUCAAGUAGAG